AUGGCAUAUGUGCUUCGAGAAAAAAGAAUACCGAUCGCGAGUUCGACUUUUGUGCGUCAUGUUUACGCUGCGAUGUCAACAAAUCUCUGGUACGCUAGGCUUCUCUCGCGUCUAGCUUGCGACUAG